AUGCCUUCGACCAAAGUACAAAUAAACAAUGUACAUGUCAAAAUAGACACUGGGGCAUCAAUUAACAUUAUUGACGAAAAUACAUUCGCCAAUAUCAACAAAUACAAACGUAUCUCAUUAAAACGAACACGUACUAAACUCUUUGUGUAUGGUUCCAAACAACAAUUACCAGUGAUUGGGACAUUCGAAGCCACAAUCGAGACAAAAAAACGAAUGACUGUCUCUACUAUUCAUGUAGUCAGAGGCAAUUAUGGCUCACUGUUAAGGUAUCAAACGGCUACAGAACUAAACCUUAUAAAAGUAAAUGUCAACAAUGUCAAAGUCACCGGUAAUGACAAAAUUGAACAAUGUCACGACUCUCUAAAAGAUAAAAUGGACAAAAAAUUUCCCCAUUGUUUCAUGGAAUUGGAAAAUUACACAAUUUUGAGGCAAAGUUGCAUAUUGAUUCUUCUGUACCCCCUGUAGCACAACCAGCACGUCGAAUUCCAUUUCAUUUACGAAGAAAAGUUUCUGCUGCUCUUAAACAACUGGAAAAGGAUGACAUAAUUGAGAAAGUUGAGGGGCCCACACCAUGGAUUUCGCCUCUGGUUGUUAUUCCCAAAAAUGACGGAACUGUGCACCUCUGCGUUGACAUGAGGCGUGCAAACUGUGCUAUCCAGAGAGAGCGACACCCAUGUCCCACGGUUGAUGAUCUUAUACAUGCAAUGAAUGGUGCCAAGGUAUUCUCCAAACUAGACUUGCGUUCGGGAUAUCAUCAGUUGUUGUUAGCAGAGGAAAGCAGAUAUAUUACCACCUUUGUGACACAUAAAGGAUUACGUAGAUAUAAAAGCCUUAUUUUUGGAACUAAUUCAGCUAGUGAACUAUUCCAGAAAGUUAUCCACGAUCAAAUUCAUGACAUACCUGGUGCUAUCAAUAUAAGUGAUGAUGUCAUAAUCUAUGGGAAAUCUCAACAAGAACACGAUACCGCUCUUCACAAUGUUUGUCAGCGCUUUACCAAAGUUGGUCUAACUUUGAACAACGAAAAAUGCCAAUUCAGUCAAACCAAAUUGACAUUUUUUGGUAUGGUUUUCUCGGCAGAAGGAAUUUCUGCGGAUCCUCAUAAAGUUUCAGCAAUCAAGAAUGCAUCACCACCAAGCUCUGUUAAGGAUGUUCGUAGUUUUCUAGGAAUGGCCACCUACUGUGCCAAAUUUAUACCCAAUUUCAGUCACUUGAGUGAACCUCUUCGUAAGUUAACCAUGAAAAGUGCUCAAUUCCGUUGA